GCACGAUUCAAACCAUCACCAUCGCUGUGCUUGUGAAUCGGACAGUUGCUAUCGAACGUUUCAAGGUGCGUCUGUAUUAAAUAUCGUGUCUGUGAUUACCUUGGAUUUACUCUAAUUUUAUGUAUAUCCUAAUGGAAUAAUAUAUUGCUGAAAUGCUCAAGAUGAACAGGUACUUCAGGCUGUUCUUUUGUCGGAUAGCAAAGGACCUAAAACAGAAAGAACUGUUGCCAUUGAAGUUACUGUUUUUCAUGCAUUCUUCCACUAUAUUGGUGUUAUAUCCGUAUUUGACGAUACAUAUGAGGGAAUUGGGCAUAAAUGUUGAAGAGACGGCUAUUAUGUCUGCAGUAACGCCUGCAGUUGCUAUAUUAAUGCCUCCUUUAGCUGGAAUGGUAGCUGAUAAAAUUGGAAACUUCAGGGUACUAUUAUCAGCUUUUUCGAUCAUUGGUGGUGGAUCUGCCUUACUGUUGUUGCUAGUACCUGUAGGGCGGCUUACUUUUACUUUUCCGAAGGAGUUGGUAUUUGGUUUAUCAUGCAACACAGAGCCAGUAUUGACAUUAUAUCAAGAGUUUCCUUGUAUUCCCAUUGACAGAGACCAAAUCGUUGAUAUCGAACUACAACAACAAACGUGUGGAGUAGCUUGCCAAGCAUCUUUCACCAAAAAUCAAAGCCAAAGCUUAUUGAAGACACGUAAUUACGAAAUCCAAAUAGCAGAAAUGGAAACAAACGAUGUUCUUACUUAUACAUUCAAACCAAAUGUGUCAAAUGAAGCUAUUCUUGAUACAAAUGUUAGCCAGAGAAGCCAAAAAGUUCUAGAAAACAUCAAGCCUUACUCCGCUGUUAUUAGGAAGCUUACCAAGACCACCUAUUUCUUCCCAGCGAAAGAUUUGUACUUAUUUUCUUGUGAGCAAUCGAACUGUACUGUAGGAAAAAUAACAGAAAGAUCUCAUAUAAAUAGUCGUAUCAGAAGUGGGAUAUCCCAAAAAUAUAUUGAAAAGAAAGACUUUGAGAACAUACAGCUAUACAAGCUUCACUACGUUGAUUCAAAUUCAGAUCUGAUUUGCUCACAUGAUUCAAGUGACGAAAUCAUAUCUGUCAACGUUGCUGUGGAUUCAGAGGGCGUAAAUACAACUUUGAAUUUGGAACAGUGUUCAAGAAGAUGUUUGUUUACAGGUCCACGAAAACGCUUGUGCCAAAACUUAAAGACUACCGUAGAAUUGGACACUAGUUUGACAUUUUGGAGUUACCUAUGUGUCCGAGUUUUUGUAGGAAUAAUCAGUGGAACAUCGUUUGCAAUGUUUGAAGGGGCUGUCAUAGCUCUACUCAGAGAACAUAAGGCUGAUUAUGGCUUGCAAAGAAUUUACGCCACUAUAGGUGGGAUGAUCAGUUCACCGAUAUCGGGGUGGAUGAUAGAUUAUGCUAGCAAAGGAAAAAGUUAUACAGACUUCCGUCCAAUAUUUUUCCUAUAUGCUGCUCUGAAGUUCAUAAGUGGAAUAUUGAUGCUAUUUAUAAAUCUGAAAUUCAAAAAAGCCGCAGUUAGUGUCAUAACCGAUGUUCUCACUGUACUAAGAAAAGUAGAAAUGAUAGCACUGUUGCUUUCCUGCAUUGUCUUAGGAUGUGCCUGGGGUUUCAUCGAGAGCUUCCUAUUCUGGCUUUUAGACGAUUUGGGAGCCUCAAAAUCUCUCAUGGGCCUUACAGUUACUGUAGGAGGUUUUGUUGGCAUCCCUCUACUGGUACUUUCAGGCCCCAUUGUUAAAAGAGCUGGCCACGCCAAUGUGAUAUUUAUUGGGUUCAUUUUUUACGCUAUACGACUACUAGGCUAUUCGCUCCUGUAUAACCCUUGGCUAUGUCUAGUUUUUGAGGCAAUGGAGUCUAUAACGUUUGGCCUGAGCUUUACAGCUGCUGUCACGUACGCUGCCAGAUUGUCAACUGUCACAACUGAUACUACUAUACAAGGAGUGCUUGGUGGAUUGUACUAUGGAGUAGGAAAAGGCAUUGGCAGUCUAGUUGGGGGUUAUCUCAUACAUCCUAUAGGAAUCCGACACACCUUCCAGCUUUUCGCAGGCACAACUCUAGUCAUAGGGAUCGUAUACUUUUGUUUUUAUCACUUAUACAUGAAGCAACAUCCAUCUCAGGGCACUGAUAUAACAAAAAAAGACGUCAAACAGUCCCCGGAAACAGAGGAAAAAACAAUAGAACCUAUAACGUACGAAGACGCUAUGUGCAAUCCUGCCUAUGAAACGACUGAAGUUGAAGAUGAUAUAGUUGAAGAAAAUUCUUCAGCUGACGAUUAGAAAGUGAAAUCUCAACCAAGUGUUUGAUUUCAAACAAUUUUGGAGUUCCUUUUGUUUGGUAAAAGACUCGUACUCGGAGACUUACGGGUAUAAUUCUUUAGCUUGCCCAAAAAUGUGUACAAGGAGGGGUCUCCAGGACUUGUGGUGGCAGAUAUUUCUCGAACUAUGAUUUAGUAACUGAUAUUUCUAAAUCACGACUGCUACCAAAUACCGUGAAAAACGUAACGAUAUCACGACUUCGGGAACUGAAGGUUGAUUCAAGCGAAUGACCGGCGAUAAUUGCCAAUUUACCAAUACUGUUUAAGCGAAUUUGGUCAUUAAUCUGUCAUAAAGUAGCCGGUAUACAUCAUCGUUUGAUAAUUGUCCGCGGUAGUUACAUAGCCCGAGGGUUGUUUUAAUCUCCUCCACAUGCAGCUUGUCAUUUGUCAUCACCUAAAAACCCAAAAUAAAAAUGAAAUGAUCUAUGGUCGGAGUUCUACUUUGUUUAGUGUUUACAUGUUUUAAUAUUAGAAAUCGAAGAUUUUGGAAUUAUUUGGUGUAUUUUUGUGGAUGUGGGGUAAAUUUGUUUAAAGCUACUGGGACAUUCUACUAAUUUUUUGAGCCAUUUAAUGUUUUUGCAUAACUAUUCUCCAUCGACGACAAAAAUAUCUUUAGAUAUUGUGUCGUCUUGUCAGCAGAAGCAUCUGCUUUUCCCAUUUUUUUUUGAAAUACAACAAAACAUUCCUGACAACUUAUAAGCCCAAGAGAAACAUUUUGACAGCAGUGACAUAUGACAGAACGGGCCAACCGAUUUUAAACGUAUCCGAGCUAGGGCACAACCUGGGUAUUCACCAAUCGUUCCCUUGAAUCAAUUUUAAGUGAUUCACCACAAUGGCGGACAUCAUGGGAUCACUGCGAAUGUGCGUGAGAUGCGCAUAAGCGCUGGCCGCUAAGGUUAGGAAUCGUAUACCUCUGUAAGACUACUGUAACCUUCAAGCGAUAUCGCGCCUUAUAGGUUUCGUUAGUGGCCUCCGUGCAAUUCCAUCGCGUCAUUGUGCUCAGGUUUGCCAAAUUGGGGGAUUUUCCCACAAAUUUGGGGGAUUUUAUGUCCAUUGGGGAAUUUUAAGGGGCAUAAAAUGUUCUGAGGGAAAAACAAAAUUGUUGGAUAUUUUUGGGGUAUUUUUAUCCAUCUUUAUCUUCGAAAAACUGCCAACUGCUAAUGCCAAUUUUAUCUUUCUGUAGCUUUCUUUCCCCAUGUCGCACACAUCUCCACAAAACAUUCACCCAUCUCUACACCUUUAUGUCAAUUGUAGGUUGGUAGACAUGCAUGGGAGAUUUUUUAGAAAAAGGUGCAAAUCUGGGGACUUUUGUGCUUGUUUUGGAGGAAUUUUGUUUGAUCCACCUGGCAACGCUGUGCUCAGGAUAUCAGUAUACCCGUGAUCUCAUCUUUAUUUGAAAGUCGUGAUCCCGUCACGGAUCAUCUAUCACAGAAAUUUGAAAAUAACGGUAUCGGAUCGGCAAUCUCUACCCAGAACCGGAACAUGGAUAUCGUCCAAGAAAAUCCUAUGGGCAGGUCUUGAUCUCCCGACUUAAUGCCUUAACAGCAUUUUGUCCAAUGCGUUUCAGUUCAAGAAAAAUUGGCCAAUAAAGAGCGUCAUAGUGUGAUUUAAUCUCGUUUAAAAAUACCUGAGAUGAGCGGUUAUUGAUAAAAAACUGGUUAUUGCACCAAUAAUUUGAACCGGCACAACCAAAUUCAAUCGGUGAUUGGCCAUGUUUACACCGUAGCUAGCCAAGCGCCUAGCUAGCGCAUAGUACACAGCUGUAAACGUAUAGAGAGCAUUUAUGUAAACACUUACGACUUCAUACUGCUUGAUAAAUCAAUCCAGGUUCUAGAAUAAUUGUGAAUUUCUCUCGAACUAAACAGCAUUGAACAAAAUGUGGUUAAGGCAUGUAAUGAGAGGUCAAACUUUUUCUAAGCGAAAGCCGUAUUCCGGUCCUAGACAUCCCUUCUUGUAAGACAAUUGCCUCAGAUCCAAUGUAUUCUGAGAUACAAAGUCUUAAACAAUGACCUAUAGGUACAUUUUUAUAUUAAAUGCGUCUUUUUGACCUUCUUAUGUUUAGAUGCUGACUUUUGGGGCCGAUUGAAUGAUUAUUUUUUGAAGCUUCCUUAAGGUGAGAACGCCUUAUUUAUCUUUUCUUUCUGUUGAGAGUGACAGGAAGGUUGUCUAAUACAAAAAUAAACAUUUUUUAUACCCACUGGUUUAUGAAACAAAGGGGUUUUCCAAGUUAUAUUAACCACCCUUACAACCGUAAUACCAUUGCCAUACCCUGUUUAAACCUGGUAUUUACUCUGCAUCAAAACAAACAUGAUGAUGAUGAUGAUGAUGAAAUUUGAACAUCUCCCACUGGUGUUUGUUCUGACAAGGAGUAAAUGAGAUUUGAAUACAGUAUAGAUUAUGCUAUUGAAAUACCGAAAGCUAGAAUCUUUGAAGAGAUGAACUUAAUAAAAUUGUUUGAUAGAAGUAGGUAAUGUUUGUAAAAGAGCCUGUGAUCAUUUGAGUAUACUGGUCUAAUGACCAAUAUAAGAUAAAUAAAUUUAUUUAUAUACCUAAAUGAUGUUUUAUUUUACUGCUUAACAUUUUUAUACUGACCAAA